GUAUAUCGAGUCUUCUAGCGACAAUACCGGCUUUUGUAUUAACAAUGCCUGCAACGGUCUGAUCGGAAUGAUAAUGAGAGGCGAAAUCGACUUUAUAGCUACCGGGUUGGGUGUGACAUUGUCACGUUCCCAUGCGAUUGAUUUCACUUUUCCCUUUGAAAACGAACCCAUCAACUUGCUUAUUCCCUAUCCGAAAAAGGACAGCACUUUAGCUAGUAUUCUUGCUCCUUUUGAAUACAAGGUGUGGAUAUUGAUUGCCGUCAGUCUAAUAGUCGGUGCGUACAUGUUGUCUUGGUCCGGAUACAUUAAGGCUCGUUGGUUUACUCCCUCCAACCAAUUUGAUGGAAGGCGUGAAAUGGCUCGAAGAAGGGGAAGAAUUUCCGACAAUUUGAUGUUUCUAUUGAGCGUCUUGGUUAACCCUGGAUAUCAAGUGCCCCCUGGAUUUGGUGUAGCUUUUCGUAUUUUAGUUGCUGGUUGGUGCCUCAGUGCCAUCGUCCUUUCCAACUCAUAUAACCAAAGCAUUAAAUCGUUCUUAAUGACUCCAAAAUAUAAAUCUGUAGUAAGGUCUCUGGAUGAUCUUACGGCAAGUUCGGAAUAUUCUUUCGUGGUUAAAAAGUACAGCAGCAUCUGGGCUAACAUGAUCGAAGCAAAUAAAGGUCCCUUUGCUAAGAUUGGCAACAUUUUACGAAAGAAUCCGGAAAAUUCGUUAGAGACGCUAGACGACAUAACAGAUUUGGUGAUCAAUCAAAAAAAGGUUUUAGGCCAGUUCAAAUCAUCUAAUCUGGUACUGAUCCGAGAAGAUAUGAAAACAAAUGGAAAGUGUCGGUUGUAUAUGGCAGAAGAAUCAUUCGACGAGCUUACCAUCAGUUUCGGAAUUCCAAAAAAUAGUCAUGUCUUGAAUCAUUUCUUAAGUCACGAGUAAGUAGGCCUCGAGUAUUAGGGCGAUCGCACUCAUAAAGGGAAACGAUUAUUUAUUUUUUGUUCGAUU